AUUCCCGAGCCGACGCCGCAGCCUGUGUUCCGCGCUCGGCUCCUCGUCUCUCUCAUCGCCUCGGAGAACGGGAUCCUCUGGGAACCCGAGAGACUGCCGAGAGGAAAGCUAGAUCGUGGCCGCCUCCACUUGGGGAGGCGCACGGAGAUUCCGAGGGGGAGCGACGGUGCCCGAGGGCGGAGGGGCGCCGAGUUUCUGGCCAGAGGGAAGUUAAAACCGCGCGGAGAAGAUUGGCUUUUUAGGACGCGGGGUCGCUACAGCCAGGGACCCGCAGAGGAGUAAACUUUAACGAUUGUCCUACAAACCAGGAGAGGCGUGCGCGGGGAUGGUGCCCAGCAUCGCCCCCAUCUCUUGAUCUGUCGUCUCCGGUCUCCCUCGGCCGGCCUCCUGCGAGGGCUUAGGGCAGCGCACGUGUGCAGACUGCGAGUGACCGUCCUGUGACCCACUCAGGGACGCCGGCUGCAGCGCAGUCCUGCCUAGGACACACCUGGCUCAGCCAGUGCGCCUCCAGAGACCUGCGGGAGAGUGGGGGAUCCUGGCCGUCGCCCCGUCUUCCCUUCUCCGCCCGGGCUUCUGGGGGCGCCGCGGAUGACCAUGAGAGAUAAGGACUGAGUGCCAGGACCGGGAAGAGAGCCCGCCGAGAGGUGGCGGGGGCUGCCCACUCCAAGGGCCACAGCCGCCGCGCUCCGGCCUCGCUCCGCCGCUCGACGCCUCGCGGGGCCCGCGGGGGCAGCCGGGCCGGACGGCGAUGCCGGGGCUGGGGCGGAGGGCGCAGUGGCUGUGCUGGUGGUGGGGGUUGCUGUGCAGCUGCGGCCCCCCACCGCUGCGGCCCCCUCUGCCGGUAGCCGCGGCCGCCGCCGGGGGUCAGCUGCUGGGAGCCGGCGGGAGCCCCGUGCGCGCCGAGCAGCCGCCGCCACAGUCCUCUUCUUCGGGCUUCCUCUAUCGGCGGCUCAAGACCCACGAGAAGCGGGAGAUGCAAAAAGAGAUCCUGUCGGUGCUGGGGCUCCCGCAUAGGCCGCGGCCCCUGCACGGUCUCCAGCAGCCUCAGCCCCCGGUGCUCCCGCAGCAGCAGCAGACGGCCCGGGAGGAACCCCCUCCAGGGCGGCUGAAGUCCGCUCCGCUCUUCAUGCUGGAUCUCUACAACGCCCUGUCGAAUGACGACGAAGAGGAUGGGGCGUCUGAGGGUGAGGGGCAGGAGCCCGGGGCCCACGGAGGGGCCAGCUCGUCCCAGCUCAGACAGCGGUCUCCCAGCGCUGCACACUCCCUGAACCGCAAGAGCCUCCUGGCCCCGGGACCCGGCGGCGGUGCGUCCCCACUGACCAGCGCUCAGGACAGCGCUUUCCUCAACGACGCGGACAUGGUCAUGAGCUUUGUGAACCUGGUGGAGUACGACAAGGAGUUCUCCCCACGCCAGCGACACCACAAAGAGUUCAAGUUCAACUUAUCCCAGAUUCCCGAGGGUGAGGCGGUGACGGCUGCUGAGUUCCGCGUCUACAAGGACUGUGUGGUGGGGAGUUUUAAAAACCAAACCUUUCUUAUCAGCAUUUACCAAGUCUUACAGGAGCAUCCGCACAGAGACUCUGACCUAUUUUUGUUGGACACCCGGGUGGUGUGGGCCUCCGAGGAAGGCUGGCUGGAAUUUGACAUCACAGCAACUAGCAAUCUGUGGGUGGUGACACCGCAGCACAACAUGGGACUCCAGCUGAGUGUGGUGACUCGGGACGGACUCCACGUCAACCCCCGUGCGGCGGGCCUGGUGGGCAGAGACGGCCCUUACGACAAGCAGCCCUUCAUGGUGGCCUUCUUCAAGGUGAGCGAGGUCCACGUGCGCACCACCAGGUCAGCCUCCAGUCGGCGUCGGCAGCAGAGUCGCAACCGGUCCACCCAGUCGCAGGACGUGUCCCGGGGCUCCGGUGCUUCAGACUACAACAGCAGUGAGUUAAAAACAGCUUGCAAGAAGCAUGAGCUGUACGUGAGCUUCCAGGACCUGGGAUGGCAGGACUGGAUCAUUGCACCCAAAGGCUAUGCUGCCAACUACUGUGAUGGAGAGUGUUCCUUCCCACUCAACGCACACAUGAAUGCCACCAACCACGCCAUUGUACAGACCUUGGUUCACCUUAUGAAUCCCGAGUACGUCCCCAAACCAUGCUGCGCACCAACCAAACUGAAUGCCAUCUCCGUUCUUUACUUCGAUGAUAACUCCAAUGUCAUCUUGAAAAAAUACAGGAAUAUGGUUGUCAGAGCUUGUGGAUGCCAUUAAGUUGAAGCCAGUGGCGGGGGCGAUUCUGCCUUGGAUUCCUAGUCUGCCUUAAAACACGAGAAGCAGCACAGUGGAGCGGGAUGAUGAUGUCACGAGCAUCUCCUGCUGGUGCCUUAGCCUGAGGAGGAUUUUGAGGACCUUGUUGACUUUCCCAGUUCCUAACUGAGCAGGUUGCUGGUCUGUAGGAAGCUGUAAUGCUUACAGUACAGGCCUAGAAACUGCAGAAACGUAACGUUCACCUCCCCCAAUCCCACCCAGACUAGUUUUAGCUUUUAGAUCUAGCUGUUUGUGGUGUAAGUAGAGAGUAAACUUGAAGGAACAUUAAAUAUCCCCGGUUGAAAGAUCAAGUGGUUCUACAGCACCCAUCCCAGGGAGAUUUUGCAGAUAGCUGGAUGGAGGGGAGGAGAGCACUCUAUCAGAUUUCAUUCCCAGCAAAGGCAGCUCCCACGGGACCUGCAGCCUGGCCAUCAAGGGCUUUGUGGAGAUGCCUUCUGUCUACUGUUGUAGUUACAUGUUUUGUGUUGAUGCUUGGUGGUGUGAAAAUGUACAAUGUACUCAUUUCAGUCAAACUGUAGCAUUUCCACACCACCCUCCUCCCUUCCUCACAGAAUUCUUCCCCCCCACACACUUAAAUCAGAAACACCUUUAUUGACAAAGAGACCACAGGAGUGUAAAAUUGUAGCACACGAGUUAAUAUUCUUCACCUUCAUCAUCCCCUUCAGCACUAUCUACCCCAACUUCCUCAUAAUCCUUCUCUAGGGCAGCCAUGUCCUCACUGGCCUCAGAGAACUCCCCCUCCUCCAAGCCCUCACCCACAUACCAGUGCACAAAGGCUCGCUUGGCAUACAUCAGAUCAAACUUGUGAUCUAGGCAGGCCCAGGCCUCAGCAAUGGCUGUGGUGUUGCUCAGUAUGCACACAGCUCUCUGGACCUUGGCCAGGUCACCACCAGGUACCACAGUGGGAGGCUGGUAAUUAAUGCCAACCUUGAAGCCAGUGGGACACCAGUCCACAAACUGGAUGGUAUGCUUGGUCUUGAUGGUGGCAGUGGCAGCAUUGACAUCUUUGGGGACCACAUCACCAAGCAGGCAGCAAGCCAUGUAUUUACCAUGGUGAGGGUCACAUUUCACCAUCUGGUUGGCUGGCUCAAAGCAGGCAUUGGUGAUCUCUGCUACAGAGAGCUGCUCAUGGUAGGCUUUCUCAGAAAAGUUGACAGGGGCAUAGGUGGUCAGAGGGAAGUGGAUACGAGGGUAGGGCACCAAGUUUGUCUGGAAUUCUGUGAGAUCAACAUUCAGGGCCCCAUCAAAGCUGAGAGGAGCAGUGAUGGAAGAUACAAUCUGGCUAAUAAGGCGGUUAAGGUUAGUGUAGGUUGGGUGCUCAAUGUUGAGGUUUCUACGACAGAUGUCAUAGAUGGCCUCAUUGUCUACCAUGAAGGCACAAUCAGAAUGCUCCAGGGUGCUCUGAGUGGUGAGGUAGGGUUCAACCACAGCAGUAGAAACCUAGGGAGCUGGGUAAAUGGAGAACUCCAGCUAGGACUUCUUUCCGUAAUCAACAGAGAGCCUCUCCAUCAGCAGGGAGGUGAACCCAGAACCAGUUUCCCUGCCAAAGCUGUGGAAAACCAAGAAGCCCUGGAGACCCAUGUACUGGUCAGCCAGCUUUCAAAUCCUGCCCAAGACAAGAUCAAGGAUCUCCUUGCCAAUGGUGUAGCGGCCGCGGGCAUAGUCAUUGGCAGCAUCCUCCUUGCCUGUGAUGAGCUGCUCAGGGUGGAAGAGCUGCAGUAGGUGCCAGUGUGAACUUCAUCAAUAACUGUGGGUUCCAGGUCUACGAACACUGCCCAGGGCACAUGCUUGCCAGCUCCUGUCUCACUGAAGGUGUUGAAAGAGUCCUCUUUUCCCCCAAUGGUCUUGUUACUUUGCAACUGGCCAUCAGGCUGGAUGCCAUGUUCCAGAGAGUAGAGCUCCCAGCAAGCAUUGUCGAUCUGGACACUAGCCUAGCCAACGUGGAUGGAGAUGCUCUCACUAAUACUUAGUCCUUGUAGUAGUCCGUGAAAACUGAGGGAGUGAAGAGAGGGUGACAAAGAUCUCCCACUUGUAGACUACCAAGGAGUCCAGGGAGGAGAGGCUGUGUCACAGAAUUCUUUACUAGAACCCAAAGUAGACAGAUCGUAUUUUGUGGCAGAGCCUGGAAGCAUCUGCAGUAGCUUUCAUUUAAACUAUGGAACAGCAGAAUACGAUUCUGCAUCACUUGGGCAGAGUGGCUGACAAGCACGGUAACACCAGGACCACUGGCUCAAUCAUCAGUUCUCUCUCUCUAACUCUGCUCUUUGCCUUUUCCCUACAUUAGCAUUCCAUGGCUCAGGGCUAGAGUCUAAAGCAGAAACCCAGAGGGAAGGGACCUGCAUCUAAGAAUGGGUUUGUCGAGGUGAGCAUGCUGUUUGUAAACCAAAACCACCAUUUCCUCUUGUAGAAAGUAAGACUCAGACUGAAUCUUAGAAUAUUUUUUAAAUGCCUUUUUCACAACCAUGUACUGGGAAGCCAAUUUCAUACUAAACUGAUUAAAUAAUACAUUUACAAUCUGUAACUGUUUGUACUUACAGCCUUCUUUGUAAAUAGAAACUAUAAUUUAUUGUCUAUUUUAUAUCCAUUUUGCUGUAACAUUUAAGGAAAGACCAGACUUUUUUUCUUUUAAAAAAAAAAAAAGUUUAUUUAGAAAGUAUAAACCAAUUGUACCACUUGA